AUGUCUGUACGACCAUUAUCUGUUGAACUCGCGGAAAAGGCUCGAUUGGAGCUGAACGAAAAUCCAAACAGGGUUAAAGAUGAUUUGCAGCAUAUGAAGGAUUGGUUGGCAAAGCAGCCGCACUUGCGUGCAAGGACAGAAGACCAAUGGCUGAUUGCAUUUCUCCGCGGGUGCAAAUUUAGCUUAGAGAGGACCAAAGAAAAAUUAGACCUUUACUAUUCUAUCCGUAAUACAGCGCCAGACUAUUUCAGAAUUAAUCACACUGAACCCCUUUUUAAUGAAGUUCUUGGCCUGGGUUCUUACCUAAUUUUACCGAAACUGGCCUCUCCUACAUCUCCUCGUGUUAUAAUUGUAAGGCCUGGAAGCUAUAACCCCGAAAAGUAUACGGUCGCCGACAUCUUAAGUGUUAGCUUUAUUUUAGAAAAAAUUUUGUUCCUGGAAGAUGAUAACAUGAUUGUGGCCGGUAUUCAAUUUAUUUUAGAUUUGGACGCAGUUACAAUGUUGCAUUUUUUGCAAAUGACACCAAUGACUUUAAAGAAAAUGGUGGUAACCACUCAGGAUGCAAAGCCGAUACGUAUGAAGGGAACUCACUAUUUAAAUACACCAAAAGGAUUUGAAACAGUAUUUAAUGCGAUAAAAAGUCUACUCAAUGAGAAGAAUCAGAACCGACUCUACGUUCAUAACAAAAAUUAUGAUGAAAUGUAUAAGCACAUACCUAAAGAAAUACUGCCAACCGAAUAUGGAGGUAGUGGAGGCAACAUUAAGGAGAUAAUAGAGUACUGGAAGAAUAAAGUAGAGGAAUACAAUGAAUUUUUAAAACAAGACUGGCAAUGUGGUACUGACGAAUCAAAACGUCCUGGAAAGCCAAAAACUGCAGAAGAUAUGUUUGGUGUGGAGGGCUCCUUUAGACAAUUGCAUUUUGAU